AAAAUAACAAAAAUCAGACCCGACCCGGCUUCAUUGUUUCCCCACCUAUCGACCAGGGCUGCAUGGUUUCAGCAUCGAUUGCUCAAGUCAUCGAUAUAUCGGUUCGAGCGCGUGGUAUGCCGCACGAUUUAUUUUCGCAAGUUGACUAAAUUAUUUACUAACCGUGAGACUGUUGUGAAUCUGUUGGUGCGCGUUAAACGUAUUUUCACAUUUUGUCCACUUUGACAAUGUCAGAGGGCGGUGAAAACGGUAACGAGGCGCUGGCCGGGGCGGCGCAGGAGGACGUUGAUGCGGAACCAGAGAGAGAGGCCAUCAUAGCGAUGGCCCAAGCUGUGGAAAUUGCAUACGAAAGCGACGAUGAUAAUGAUGAUGAGGCAGCCGCAGAAGAGGCAGGAGCAGAGGAGGAUGCCAUGAGCGGUGGUGAUGCGGAAGCCGCUGAGGAAAACGAGAGCGACAGCAGCCCCGCCGCCGACGAUGCCUUUGGCAAUCAAGAAGAAGACACAGCCGCCGAUAGGCGCUCGUCCACCAAGAAAGAGCUGACGCAAAUCAUCGACCGCUGGGAGCAGCAGCAGACUCAAAGUGGCUACGAUCCCGUGCCCACUCUGAAGAGUCUGGCGGAGAUUUUUGAGCGCGAAAAGGACGCCUACAUGCGCAAGGAUCCGGAUCCCUUGGACUCGAGGCAUCCAUAUCGCGCCGAUCCCAGCUGCCAGUAUGGGCUGCUCCUCAAGUUGCUCUUCCGCAAAGAUGUGUUCAUGGGGAAGUUGCUAAACGACUAUCUGCGCGAGAACUACUUCAGUCGCCAGACCAUCAGUCGCAGCUCCCUGGAGCUGAACAUCCUGGCGUGCCGCCUCAUCCUGGAGAUUAUGCCAGGUCUGGAAACAACUGCCGUCUUCCAGACAGCCAACGACGAUGGCACCAUCAAUCGCAUCUACAGCUGGGCGGACGACAGCAUCGAGCCGCUCCAGAGCUAUGCCACCGGACUUCUUGCCGAGGCCAUUGAGGUCAGCGACACUGCGAUCAACUAUCGCGAUCAGAACAUGCGCCUGGUACCCAAGAUGAUCAAGCGCCUGCAGAGAAAGCCAGAGCGAACGACACAUUGCGGUACUCGUGUGAGAGAGGGAUUAACUCAUACAUGAAAAGCAAUACUGAGCACGGCGCU